AUGCCCAGUCACAAUGCGACAUACAACGCUGUAUUAGAAGACGGCAAAAUUGUAGAAAAUGUAAGCAUUUUAUACACAGUAAUAUUAUGUAGUACAAAGUCUUAUUUUAUACUGUAGCCCUAUCGUAAAAUCAAAUCACAGAGUAAAUUUGCAGAAUUGCGUAGUAAUUGUGACCAUAGAAGAUUACUGUAGUGCCUACCAUUACGGUCAAGUCGUAUUACCAAGGAAUGCAACCUUCAAUGAUCUUCUCCAUGCUUUGUCUCCAAACACUGUCAUCAAUGACUGGAAGGCCGCCUACUCGAUCUUCCGCGACAAAGAGAAAGUGUCAGAUUUAAACGAACAGCUCGAGGAUAGGGGGUUCUAUACAGUAUGUAUUAGGAGUACAAGUAGGGUAAGUUGGAUACCUAAGCUCUUAACUAUACAGUAAUCAAAAGGGCACCAUAUAAUACAAUGAUAACGUACUAUUAUGGUAGCAUAGUAUAUGCCACUGUUACUUACAUUAUAUGUCAUUCUGAGUACUAUUUUGACAGAACGAACAUUCUGAGUACUGUUUUUGAAAAAAACUCAAUUGUAGAUGAUGUUCAACCUGAUUGUUGACAACAAACAACCACUAAAGUUGUUAUAUACCACAGCAAAUAAGACUACUACAGUAGGGAAAGCCUUAGAUACGACAAUAACAAAGAAUAUCAAACAUAUCGCGAGUUUCUACAUCGACAAAAUUACUACGAUCAGAAACGGGAGCACAGUCAAUGUGGCAGUAACUGACAAAAUAAAACAUGCCAGUGUUUAUAACGUUAGAGCAAGAGUAGUAAGUACAUACGAUGACAUAUAUAUACUUUUUAAAGUAAUCAUAUAUAUAUAUACCUUCCAAAGUUAAUGGUAGAUCAUAUACAUAUACCUUUACCUUAAUACGUCUAUGUACCACAGCCAUAUAUAUAAUACAAAGUUGACUAAUUGUAUUUCAGGCCAAAGUAACCUGUACCUGUGACAUAUAUAUAAACGAGAAAUACAAAAGAACUACCCAAGUUACAGUAGACAAAGAUACCAACAUAAAAGACCUACAUGCUCAUCUACAUUUGGAUAGAGUUAGGUAUGACAGGAUCCAGAUAUACGAAAAGCUAUUCGAUGACUUUGCUGAUUACAUACCGUACAAAGAGGUGGUAGAUACUGUAGCUGACAACAACAAGUUCAGGGUUUACUUUAUUGGUACUGUAGAAAGCCUACAUGACGUAUCGUAA